UUCGGGGCUAAAUAGUAACAGAGACUGGCAAGUGCGAUAGUCGGGGCAGUUGCAGGCAAUCACUUAUCAACAAACGAGAUUAUUAGCUUGAGAAAAAGGAGCAGCAAUAUCAAUAUGAUACCAACAAUAACGAAAAACUACCAGAACGUGGUCAUCAGCACGGGCAACAUUAUCAAUAACGAGCUGGGACAGCGCAAGUCUAACGAGGAGCUGUACGAUGGGUUGAAAAUCACCCUGCACAACAAUCCAAAUUCAGAGAGCGUGGUGGUUGAGAUUGACAAGCGGCAUGGGCGCGUGCUCUGUGCUACGCAGGAACUGAACAGUCGAUUGACAGAAAAUGGACGCAAUGAGAUUAGCAUUGGUGCAAAGAUAUUCCUCAACAAAUAUUCGACGGAGUGCAUCAAUCAGGCCGUUGAAGCGUUACUCAACAUACUCAAUGUGACGCAUGUAGACAACGUGGUGCUCGCUUACCAUCCGAAUGCUUCGACCGUUGCCAGCGCAACAACAUUAGCCACAACAGCUCAAAGUCCCUGCUCUGAGGUGAACGAAAGCGGAAGCAGCACCAGCGUUAGCGAUGCGGCCAACAGCUGGAGUGCACGUAAUGGUGAGCAGGGUAUAGAAGAACUGAAGUUACUCUAUAAAUGCUUGGAGAAAUACGCACUUAAAGAGCAAAUCAAACAGUUGGGCAUUGCCGAUCUCGAUGCAAAGACUUUGGCUGAGUUAUACAAAUCGGCUGAGGUGGUGCCCACCAUAGCGCAGGUAAAUCUGGCCACCUGCUGCGUAGUACCAGCCGAACUGCAUGAAUUCUGUCGCGAUCAUGAGUUGGUACUUAAUACACACAGCGAUCCGGAGCUUCUUUUAGCUGAGGAGCAAUUCGCAUGCUUGGCCCCCGGCUAUACAAUCGAUUGGUCUCUGCGUUACCAAGUGCAUGUCCGCUGUCGCAGCGUCCUCACAGCCAAGGGCUAUAUAGUGGGUGCCUCCCAGUCGAGCAAUGAUAAUUAGAAGUGGAACGAAAGGCUGACAAUACCUAAAUUUAAGCCGAACUUCUGAUAUAUA